AUGACACCUUUUAGUCACGUGAUAUCCACGUGCAGGUUAUCGUAUUGGCUGGAGUUUCUAAGGUGUUCUGAAUUCGAACCCUGGUGGGGAUUGUUUCUGAGGGUAAAUAUUUUAUUCUUACAUUCUUGUGUUAUGAUUACUUUGGUAAAUACCGCUAUUACCGUUCGAGUACCCUGUUUGCUGUAUGUUAAGUCUAUUUUUGGUCUAUCUGGGAACGCGUAUGAUUUAUCCGUUAAAAUUAUAUCUCAGGAUGAUAUCUGGAUAAUUGAUUCUGUAAAUAGUUAUGGUUUAAUUUUCUUGGGUGAUUUUGGGUUAAAUUUGACAGCUAUAAAAAUAGCAUUAAAAUUUCUUAUUUUUGGAAGUUCUUCAUACUUCCUCGAGAUAACUACUUUGGCAGAUUUCCUUAGCUUACUAGUGCAAAUCUCUCCUACAACUGUCUGUGUAUUUAAAUCUUUAAGUCUUUACAGUCUCCUUUUCUUAUUCAUCUACACAUUUUUUUACUCCCUCGUAAUAUAUUUUUACAAGGAUAAGGCGAAAGUUCACCAGCUGUCUAACAUUGCUGUUAUUGCUCUUGAGUGUGUAUUGAGGCUUAAGAUCAUCUUAAGUGUAUUUGCAGUUUAG